CUCAGGAGGUUGAGGCUGCAGUGAGCCAUCAUCAAGCCCCUGAGCUCCAGCCUGAGCAAUAGCGUGAGACUCUGUCUAAAAGACAGAUAGCAACAACAAAAGACUUCUGCCCGCGGUUGUAGGAUGGAGGGUUUAUAAAUGUCGUAGAUUCUGUUGUAGGAUGGAGGGUUUAUAAAUGUCGUAGAUUCUGUUGUAGGAUGGAGGGUUUAUAAAUGUCGUAGAUUCUGUUGUAGGAUGGAGGGUUUAUAAAUGUCGUAGAUUCUGUUGUAGGAUGGAGGGUUUAUAAAUGUCGUAGAUUCUGUUGUAGGAUGGAGGGUUUAUAAAUGUCGUAGAUUCUGUUGUAGGAUGGAGGGUUUAUAAAUGUCGUAGAUUCUGUUGUAGGAUGGAGGGUUUAUAAAUGUCGUAGAUUCUGUUGUAGGAUGGAGGGUUUAUAAAUGUCGUAGAUUCUGUUGUAGGAUGGAGGGUUUAUAAAUGUCGUAGAUUCUGUUGUAGGAUGGAGGGUUUAUAAAUGUCGUAGAUUCUGUUGUAGGAUGGAGGGUUUAUAAAUGUCGUAGAUUCUGUUGUAGGAUGGAGGGUUUAUAAAUGUCGUAGAUUCUGUUGUAGGAUGGAGGGUUUAUAAAUGUCGUAGAUUCUGUUGUAGGAUGGAGGGUUUAUAAAUGUCGUAGAUUCUGUUGUAGGAUGGAGGGUUUAUAAAUGUCGUAGAUUCUGUUGUAGGAUGGAGGGUUUAUAAAUGUCGUAGAUUCUGUUGUAGGAUGGAGGGUUUAUAAAUGUCAUAGAUUCUGUUGGUUGAUGGCGGUGUUUUUCUGUGUCCUUGCUGAUUUUUGGUCUCAUUGUUCUAUCCAUUGUUGAGAGAGGAAUAUUGAAGUCACCACCAUCUAUUCUCGUGAAUUUAUCUAUUUCUCCUUUUAGUUUUAUCCAUUUUUGUUUCAUACAUUUUGCAGCCUAUACAUUUUAAGAUUGUGAUAUGUUCUUAGUAGAUUUACCUGUUAUUAACUGUACUCUGUCUCUGGUAUUUUUUUUUCUCUGAUUUUUGGUCUGGACUUUCUCUGAAGUCUACUUUAUCUGGUAUUAAUACAGCUGCUCUUUAAUGAAUGUUUGCAUGAGAAUAUAUUUUUCCAUCCUUUGAUUUUCAACCUGCCUCUAUCAUUCUGCAUAGUGAGUUUCUUAUAGACAGCAUGUAGUUAGAUCAUGUUUUUAAAUCCACUUUGACAAUCUUAGUCUUUUAAUUAAUGUAUUUAGACCUUUUACACUUAAAUAUAAUUAUAGUUGGCCCUCUAUAUUCAUGGGUUCUGUCUCUGUGGAUUCAAUCAACUGUGGAUUGAAAAUGCAGUUGACACUUGAACAACACAGGUUUGAACCAUGACAAUCUAUUUAUAUGCAGACUUUCUUUCCCUUCGGCCAACCUGCCUCUUCCUCAGCCUACUCAACAUAAAGACAAGGAUGUAUAAUGAUCUGCUUCCACUUAACUAAUAGUAAUUGUGAUUUUAUUUUCUUUUUUUUUUUUUGAGAAUGGGUCUCACUUUGUCACCCAGGCUGGAAUACAGUGGUGCAAUCUUGGCUCACUGCAACCUCUGCCUCCCGGAUUUAAGCAAUUCUCCUGUCUCAGCUUCCAGAGUAACUGGGAUUACAGGCACCUGCCAUCAUGCCCGGCUAAUUUUUGUGUUUUUGUAGAGGUGGUGUUUCACCACAUUGUCCAGGCUGGUCUUGAACUCCUAAUCUCAGGUGAUCUGCCCACCUCAGCCUCCCAAAAUGCUGGGAUUACAUGCAUGAGCCACUGUGCCCGGCCUGUGAUUUUCUUAAUAACGUUUUCUUUUCUCUAGCUUGUUUUAUUGUGUAGCAUAUAAAAUAUAUGUUAAACUGUUUCUGUUGUCAGUAAGGCUUCCAGUCAGCAGUAGUUAGGUUUUGGGGGAAUCAAAAUUUAUACCGAGAUUUUUGACAUCUCGAGGAGGUUGACUACUCCUAACCCCCUCAUUGUUCAAGAGUCAACUGUACUUGAAAAAAAUAAAAAGUAAAAGAUAACAAUACAACAAUAAAAAUAAUGCCGAUUUUAAAACAACAUAGUAUAACAACUGUUUACAUAACAUUUACAUUGUAUUAGGUGUUGUAAGUAAUCUAGAGUUGAUUUAAAAUGGAUGGGAAGAUACGCAUGGGUUGUAUGCAAACACUACGCUAUUUUCUUUAAGGGACUUGAACAUCCUCUGAUUUUGGUAUCCAUGGGAGUCAUGGCACUAGUCCCUGGUGAAUACCGAGGGAUGACUAUAUUGAUAAAUUAGAGUUGAGUCUGGCACUUUGUUUAUUCUCUUUUUCAUUUUUCUGCUUUCUUUUUCUAGCCUUCCUGUGGGUUACUUGAAUGUUUUUUAGAAUUCUGUGUGAUUUAUCUAUGAUGUUUUUGAGUGUAUCUCUUUGUAUGUAGCCCUGUUAGUGAUCCCUCUAGGUACAUUUCAUCAUGUACACACAUUGUGUGUACAUAACUUUACCUAGAAAAGUACAGAAACUUUAUUUGCUUGUAUGUCUGUUUACUCUCCCCAUUUAUCAUAUAAAUGUCUUUAAAACUUUCUCUGCAUACAUUUAGAACCAUGCUUUAUAAUUUUUGCUUCAACUGUCAAACACAGUUUUGAAAACUCAAGAGGAUAAGGAAAGCCCAUUGCAUUUACACAUAUUUUUGUAUACCAUGUCCUUUCUUCCCCCUUAAUGUUCCAGGAUUUCUUUUCUUAUUAUUUUCUUUCUGUUUAGAGAACUUUCUUUACCCAUUCUUUUACAGUAAGUCGGCUGGUGACAAAUUCUCUUUGUUUUCCUUCUGAGAAGUCUUGAUUUCUCCUGCAUUCCUGCUGAACAUUUUUUGCUGGGUACAUGGUUCUAUGUGGACAGUUUGUUUCAGCACCUGAAAAUUAUUGCGUAACUUCUUUCUGGCCUGCAUGAUUUCUGAUGAGAAAUCUAUUGUCAUUAGAAUUGUAUUUUUCCCUGCUGGGCAUGGUGGCUCACACCUAUAAGCCCGGCACUUUGGGAGGCUGAGGUGGUUGGAUCACUUGAGGCCAGGAGUUUGAGACCAGCCUGGCCAACAUGAUGAAACCCUAUUUCUACUAAAAAUAUAAAAAUUAGCCAGGAGUGCUGGUGCCCACCUGUAAUCCCAGGUACUUCGGAGGCUGAGGCAGGAGAGUCGCUUGAACCUUGGAGGCGGAGGGUGCUGUGAGUGGAUAUGGCAUCACUGCACUCCAUCCUGGGCAACAGAAGGAGACUCUUUCUCAAAGAAAAUGUUUCUUCCCUGUAGACAAGGUCCUUUGCAUUUCUCUAUCAGUUUUAAACUCAUCAUAUUACUUUCUGCAAAAAUCCUACUGGGAUUUUGAUUAGGAUUGUGCUGACUCUACCAAUGGUACCAAAUCCAGAGACAAUUUUUUGUCCUUGAUGGGACAUCUAGCAGUGUCUGGAGACAUUUUUGUUUGUGACAUCUGGGGUAGUGCUACUGGCGGCAGACAGAUGGAUGGCCAAGAUUCAGAGGCCUUGGAUGCUCCUAAAUACCCUGCAAUGCACAGGACAGCCCUCCACCAACAACCUGCAGGAUGUUUCCUCAUUGAGGGGAAGGCUGCUGCAUGAUGGCAGUUUUUGAUACUCCUGAGGAGGCCUUUGGUGUCUUACGUCCGGUCUGUGUUCAGCUCACAAAGACCCAGACAGUGGAGAAUGUGGAGCAUCUGCAGACACGACUACAAGCUGUGAGUGACAGUGCCCUUCAGGAACUUCAGCAGUACAUCCUCUUCCCUCUGCGAUUUACCCUGAAGACCCCAGGUCCAAAAAGAGAGCGUUUGAUCCAGAGUGUGGUGGAAUGCCUCACGUUUGUCCUUUCUUCAACAUGUGUGAAAGAACAAGAGCUUCUCCAGGAACUCUUUUCAGAACUCUCUGCUUGUCUGUAUUCACCCAGCUCCCAAAAACCUGCGGCUGUGUCCGAGGAGUUGAAGUUGGCUGUGAUCCAGGGACUUAGCACUUUAAUGCACUCAGCUUACGGGGACAUCAUUCUGACUUUUUAUGAACCCUCUAUUCUGCCACGUUUAGGAUUUGCCGUGUCUUUACUGUUAGGCCUUGCAGAACAGGAGAAAUCAAAGCAAAUUAAAAUCGCUGCCUUAAAAUGUUUACAGGUUCUACUCUUGCAGUGUGAGUGUCAGGACCAUCCAAGGUCCUUGGAUGAACUUGAACAAAAGCAGCUGGGGGAUUUGUUUGCCUCUUUUUUACCUGGAAUCUCAACCACACUGACCAGGGUUAUCACGGGAGACUUUAAACAAGGUCACAGCAUUGUCGUAUCUUCCCUAAAGAUCUUUUACAAGACAGUGAGCUUCAUUAUGGCUGAUGAACAGCUCAAAAGAAUCUCAAAGGUCCAAGCAAAAUCUGCAGUUGAACACAGAGUAGCAGAGCUGAUGGUUCACCGGGAAGCAGAUUGGGUAAAAAACACUGGCAACAAGUUGACUAUCCUUAUUAAAAAGAUAAUUGAGUGUGUUUCUGUUCACCCACACUGGAAGGUAAGGCUGGAACUGGUAGAACUUGUGGAGGACCUCCUUCUGAAGUGCAGUCAAUCAUUGGUCGAAUCUGCCGGACCCCUCCUGAAGGCCUUAGUGGGACUAGUCAAUGAUGAGAGUCCCGAAGUCCAAGCCCAGUGCAAUAAAGUUCUGAGACAUUUUGCAGAUCAGAAAGUAGUGGUGGGCAACAAAGCCCUGGCGGACAUCUUGUCAGAAAGCCUGCAUUCCCUUGCCACAUCUCUUCCUCGCCUAAUGACCUCCCAAGAUGACCAGGGCAAAUUCUCUACUCUUUCCUUAUUGCUUGGUUAUCUGAAACUCUUAGGCCCAAAAAUAAACUUUGUCCUCAACUCUGUGGCCCAUCUCCAGCGCCUUUCCAAAGCACUCAUCCAAGUUCUAGAGCUAGACGUGGCUGACAUCAAGAUUGUUGAGGAGCGGUGUUGGAACUCUGAUGAUCUGAAUGCUUCUCCAAAGACCUCAGCCACCCAGCCAUGGAACCACAUCCAGAGGAGAUAUUUCCGCUUCUUCACUGAUGAGAGGAUCUUCAUGCUCUUGAGGCAGGUUUGUCAGCUACUUGGUUAUUAUGGGAACCUUUAUUUGCUUGUGGAUCACUUUAUGGAACUUUACCGUCAGUCUGUGGUUUACCGGAAGCAAGCUGCCAUGAUUCUUAAUGAACUGGUUACGGGGGCUGCUGGGCUGGAGGUCGAGGAUCUUCAUGAAAAACAUAUUAAAACAAACCCAGAGGAACUGAGAGAGAUUGUGACAUCUAUACUUGAAGAAUACACAAGUCAAGAAAAUUGGUAUUUGGUUACCUGUAUUGAAACUGAGGAAAUGGGAGAGGAGCUGAUGAUGGAGCACCCAGGCCUGCAGGCCAUCACGUCUGGUGAACACACCUCCCAAGUUACAUCUUUUCUAGCCUUCUCAAAGCCAAGUCCCAUUGUUUGCUCUAUGAACAGCAACAUCUGGCAAAUAUGCAUUCAGCUGGAAGGAAUUGGCCAGUUUGCAUACGCACUAGGAAAAGACUUCUGUUUGCUCUUGAUGUCAACCCUUUAUCCAGUACUGGAGAAGGCUGGAGACCAAACCCUACUCAUUAGUCAGGUGGCUACCAGCACCAUGAUGGACAUUUGCCAUGCUUGUGGCUACGACUCCCUGCAACACCUAAUCAAUCAAAAUUCAGACUAUUUAGUCAAUGGGAUCUCUUUAAAUCUGCGUCAUCUGGCUCUGCACCCUCAUACCCCAAAGGUCUUGGAAGUCAUGCUGCGGAAUUCAGAUGCUAACCUGCUUCCUUUGGUGGCAGAUGUGGUUCAAGAUGUCUUGGCCACUCUGGACCAAUUUUACGACAAGAGAGCUGCUUCCUUUGUCAGUGUUCUGCAUGCUCUGCUGGCAGCAUUAGCCCAGUGGUUCCCAGACACAGGUAAUCUCAGGCACCUCCACGAGCAAAGUUUAGGAGAGGAGGGAAGUCAUUUGAACCAAAGACCAGCAACUCUCGAGAAUAGCACCACAGCUGAAGACAUCGAACAGUUUUUGCUGAACUACCUCAAAGAGAAGGAUGUGGCAGAUGGAAACGUCUCGGAUUUUGAUAAUGAAGAAGAGGAACAGCCAGUCCCUCCCAAAGUGGAGGAGAAUGACACCCAUCCAGAUGUGGAGCCACCACUGCCGUUGCAGAUCCAAAUGGCCAUGGACGUGAUGGAACGCUGCAUCCACUUGUUGUCAGAUAAAAAUCUGCAAAUCCGCCUGAAGGUCUUGGAUGUGCUGGAUCUGUGUGUGGUUGUGUUGCACUCCCACAAGAACCAGCUGCUUCCCUUGGCUCAUCGGGCCUGGCCCUCACUCGUGCACCGACUCACCCGGGACGCCCCCCUGGCAGUGCUCAGAGCCUUCAAGGUUUUACGUACCCUGGGAAGCAAGUGUGGCGACUUUCUACGCAGCCGGUUCUGCAAAGACGUCCUGCCAAAGCUGGCUGGCUCCCUAGUCACCCAGGCCCCCAUCAGUGCCAGGGCUGGACCAGUUUACUCACACACGCUGGCCUUCAAGUUGCAGCUGGCUGUCUUACAAGGCCUGGGCCCCCUCUGUGAGAGACUGGACCUAGGUGAGGGUGACCUGAAUAAAGUGGCUGAUGCCUGCUUGAUUUACCUCAGCGCCAAACAGCCCGUGAAAUUACAAGAGGCUGCCAGGAGCGUCUUCCUCCACCUGAUGAAGGUGGACCCAGACUCCACCUGGUUCCUCCUGAUCGAGCUCUACUGCCCCACGCAGUUCACGCCUCCCCACCCCAGCCUCCACCCCGUGCAGCUGCGCGGGGCCAGCAGGCAGCAGAACCCCUACAUGGCCAAUGUGCUCCGUCUACUCAAGGAGCUACAGUGACCCUGCUCCCCCCACUGCAGAAGCCACCGACCCCUCUUCCAGAAGUUGGGCUGACCCCACCCGGCCACAGGCGGUGACAGCGGCGGCAGGAAAGGUGAACUAGCCAAUCGAUUUAUAAAUUGAUCGAUCACACAACUGCUUAGGAAUAGAUUGAAGGAAAGUAGCUGGCUGUUAUUUCUAUUUCAUACCUUGUGUUUUCAAAUGACGUUGUCUGGAGGCUCUGAGGGUUUAACUCCUUAGCCUACCAUCUCCAUGGCCCCAGCUGCCUCACAGGCCACACACACACACACACACACACACACACACACACACACACACGAGGUCACUUCCCCUCCAUCUGCAUACCCCUCCCUCUCUUCAAAUAAUGAGAUGGAACUAAUUUGUUAUACUUAACCUGUUCUUUGGGAAACAAAUUGAAAUAAAGGCACUCCUUGGAUGAAAAGUGUGA